UUAAAAAGAAAUUCAGAAACAGAACGGGAGAAAAGAAAACUGGCAGCUGACUGAAUAAAGCGAAGUAUCAGUUUCUUAUUUUCCUCUUCCAGCUCCGGUUUUCCUCGCCGCGAAAUUAAGCGAUCGGCCGAAAUUCCUCUCCACGCCGACAAUCCUGCACGCCGGAUUCCGAUUCAUAAACAGCUUCAUCUCUGUUCCAAUUCCAUCGUGUAAUCCCCUCCGUAAAUAAAUGGCUGGUAGAAACCGCAUCCCUCGUGAAGCAUACGGCGAUCGGCGUGGGUUUCCACCGCCGGAGAGGCAUUUCAUGCGUGGCCCACCGCAUCAUCAUCGUCCUCCGCCUCCUCACCCUGCUUUACUGGAGGAGGAGCUCGAAAUGCAGCAUGUUGAGAUGCGAAGGCUGUUGGGAGAUAAUCGAAGGCUGGUUGAAGAUAGAAUAGCUCUGCAGCAGGAGCUUGGUGCGGCAAAGGAGGAGCUUCAUCGUAUGAGUAUUAUUAUUAGUGAGAUUCGUAGUGAUCAGGAGAUGCGGUCCAGGGAGCUUAUUGAGAAAGAGAUGAAGCUGGAAGCUGAUCUUCGGGCCACUGAGCCUUUCAAGGCUGAAGCUGUUCAGCUGCGUGCGGAAGUGAAGAAACUUAAUAGCGCAAAGCAGGAACUUGCCAGCCAAGUUCAGACUCUGAAGCAGGACCUUACGAGAGUGAAAUCUGAGAAUCAGCAGAUUCCGAAUUUCAGGAGCGAGAUUGACGGGUUGCAUAAGGAGCUUAUGCGUGCAAGAGCUGCUAUUGAUUAUGAGAAGCAGGCGAAUAUCGAGUUGAUGGAGCAGCGACAAGGAUUGGAGAAGAAUAUGAUUUCUAUGGCACGGGAAGUCGAGAAGCUCCGUGCGGAGCGUGCCACUGCUGAUCCACGCUCGUGGGGUUCUGGUAUACCCUUAAAAUGUGGACCUUAUGGAAUGAAUUACGGCAACCCAGAGGGCUCCUUACCUGCUUCUUAUGGACAAGGAUAUGCAGCUCAUAUGGAUGCCAUUGCUACUGACAAAGGCCCUAUGUAUGGGACUGGCCAAGCUUCACGGGAGAAGCGGCCCCGACGCUAAGAUGGUUGCCAUUUGAUUCUCUGAAAGACCAGGAACACCUUCUUUGGCUAUUGUUAGUGAGGCUGCCGGUUGUUUACCAGUGGUAUUUUAUCUAAAUACGUUGUUUGCCACUAUCAACUGGUUUAUGCAUUACUCGAACUGUUACUACUUUGCUUCAGUGAUCGUACCAUUUUGCAUUUUAUAUCCUAAUAAUACCAUGGUAAAGUGGGAGUUUGUACCUAUGCUAAGGCUUAGUCUUCUAUAAUUUAUUAUCUCUGUUUCCACUAAGGAUUGGCAUGCAUAUCAGUUCUUCUAGAAGCUAAUAGCUAUAAUGUUGUGGAUUCAUGGCCCUGUGAUAUGUGAAUGGCAAUAAUUUAGUAUAGGAUGUAAGAUAAGAGGAGGUGGGACUAAGGAGAAAAGCAAGGUUUAGAAACUAGAUGACCUUACAACAUUGAAAUUAGUUUCAACUUUAUUUGUUAUGUACGAUGCUUAAAGUCAGUGUGGGAGAAUUCCCAAACUGGAGUUCAACUUACAAGAUUGGAUCAGUUCGGUGGUGAGGGGUCUGGGGAUGUUCAUUUUGGUUUGUUGAACUAUACUAGAUGAAUAUUAUGACAAUUCCUUUAGCUUCUAGCACCCAUUGUAGUUCUUUAGACGAAUUCAAAUGCUCAUGGACGAAGCUAAGUCAAGGGAGGGAAAUGCUGGAGCUACAUCAGCUCCUGCAUUCCAUGUGACACCAUAGAUUGCAGGUAUUAGUGUUCACAUCUCUGAUGUACGUGACCACUUGUAUGUUCCAAAGUGGGAAUUAAAGCCAACGAGUUUUUGUUAGCUGCUCGAUUUAUAUAGACUUAGAUGCCCUGUCCCUGGUUUAAGGUAUCUUAGGUCUCGGGAUGUAAAGGAGCUGACUUUUAAAGUAUUCUGUCUCCUUCCUUUUAACAUAGGCUUUUGGAUGUUAUAUUUGAGGCCAGUUCUAAUGCAUCAAGUGGUGGAGCCUUGGAGGUGACUCAACGAACCAAAAAAUGAGCAGAACUUAACUAGCCCCUAUGAUUGACUUUUGUGAAUAAGCAAACCCACCAGUGGUUUAUGGACAUGGAAAAUGUCCUAUAAAACUGGAGGAUAUGGUAGGAGGUUCAGCCAUAAUUUGGAAUGUUACAAUAUCCUCUUGGACCAAAGUUUGCACCUUCUGCAUACUUUGCCAUGGUGGUCUACGACCCUUGGUGCCUCAUUCGGUUUGCUCAGUGAACCCAUUAAACAUCCUGGUCGCAUAGCCACGUAGAAGACACUUCUUGCUGUCAAAUGACCCACCUACAAUUUCUGAAGGCCACUGAGCAUGCAAUGGGAGGGGAAGCUGUUCGACUAACACUACAUAGGCAGAUGAGAAUAUCCCAUCGCCAUCGGAGAAGAUUUCACGAGUUUCACAGUAUCUGCUCAGUGUUGCUUCACCAAUGCUAUGUCAGCUGCCGUUAUGAUGUUACGGUAAAGUGGGAAGCACAAAAGGUCAGAUGGAAUGAGGUAAGCUUCCAAAGGGGAGGGGAGGUGGUUUGUCGCUCUAUCAAAAGGAAGAAGAAAACCCUGGCCCUGUUCGUAAGGGCAGGUGUUUCGAGAUUACCUAGCUUGCUUUCUCAUUGAUCAAUCCUAGCAAUGGUUGGAGCGAAACUUGGAUUUGGAACUACCCUGCUCUGCUCGGAAACACAUCUCUUCCAUGUCUUACCGCUCUGUGUCUCCCCGUAGAAGUUCUUUC